AGGUUUUGCGGGUUCUGGCCUAUGUGCGGGCGGGAUGCAGAGAUAAAGGUCUGCAUAUGAUUACCAUGUGAUUAUAGAAGGUGUUUAGUAUUGAUCCAGUAUCUGGUGGUGGGUUACUUGUAAACUCGCGCUGUGGACCUGCAGGUUGGACUGUUUGAUCCUUUCUGACGGGAAUAGUAUCUCUGUAACAACAUGCCUAAAAGGAAGUCUGCCGAAGGGGCCGGUGCCAAGGACGCCUCUAAAGUCACCAAGCAGGAGGUCGCUAAGCAGGAGGUCACUAAGCAGGAGCCCACCAGACGGUCAGAGAGGUUGUCAUCGAAACCAGCUCCUCCCAAACCGGUGGAGGUCAAGCCUAAGAAGGCUAUCGCCAAGAAGCCGGUGGACAAGGUGGACGACAAGGCCAUGAAGGGAAAGAAAGGAGGAGCUAAGGUGAAGAGGGAGGAUGGCCCCUCCCAUAACCGACAGACCAUGACAGAGAUCUGUGUGUCCCGCUCCAGUGUCAGUGUGACCUACUACAGAAGUCUUGCCCCCUACUCCAUGUCUGUCAGAGGCCAGAGUGAGACAGUCCGAGUCAACGGAGACUGAGGCUGUGGGGGCGGGGUCUGACGAGGAGAAGGAAUGAGGAAAUUGGGGGUGUGUCUUUCUCUGACUUCUCCCAAACCGGUACCAUGGAAACGAAGAAAGGAUCUUUUUUUUACGAGGAUUUUGUAAAAUGCUGAAUUUUUUGGGAUCCUGUGAUAAUAGCGAAGAUAAACCAACACUCCUCCUUGCAGUUCUGUCACUCUCUCUCCAAUCCUUUCUUCCCUCUCUUCCAUUUGUAGUUUUAAUCCUCUUCCUUUUCUUCAAAGACAGAAUGAAGUGUUUUUUAAAAAUGGCUGCAACUGUUCUCCCUCUGGCAGUGGGAGGAGCCUCACAGGGUCACCGUGAUAAUGCGUCUCACGUCCUUUCUAAAUGAUGAUGUCAUAUCCUCUCUACUACGAUAGCUCUUUAUGAUGACAUCACUCAAAAUUUAUUUCAUCUCCCACCUAUGACAUCAGAGACCCAGUGGUCAAACUAGGCUCCUAUGACAUCACGGGUGACCUUUGACCCUGAACUGAGGUGUUGCCACGGAGAAUAUUUGCGGCUUUUUAAGCAGAUGUAGAAAAGUUUGUGUUUGAAAGUGGCAGAGCAGUGGCAUAGCAAUAAGAAGUGGUGUUUCUGUUCUAGAACGCUGUGGCUUCUAGAACCUGUCUGAGUUCCACCCUGCCGCAGGGAAAACGUUUUUUUGAAAUAAAAGCUGAAAGUUGA